GGGAAUUGGGGAUGGGUAGCAUGUGUUCCCGUUUCUAAUGACCGCGCAUGCGCAGACCGGUUCGUCGUCGUGAUAGAAGCCAUGCUGGCAGGAAGACUCGUUGCCCGAGGAGGAGAUUCCAUAAGGACUAGAUUGUAUUGCUUGCAUUUUUGAGAAGACACUAGUCGCUGGAAAAAUACAAGGGAAUGAUAUUUCUGUAGGAGAAACGUCGAAGAAUUGCUACAUUUUGACGUCGGAAAUACCACAAAUCGAUUUUUUGUAACCCCAGCAGAAAAAAAUAUCAGUCGCGUCACGUGGCGGUAUAGCGCCCAAUCCGUGCCUUGCUGACGUCUCUGGAAAAAAUGUCCUUUGUUCUGAGUUUGUCCUGAUUAUCGAUUUAAAAAACACGGUAGACGCUUACAAAAGUAAUACGUGGUUAUAAACAAUCGUUUUUAUUGUUUUUAUAGGCGAUGUUCGUUCUGGAUAUGACAAAGAUUACUUUUGAGAAGACGUUUGGAAUUUUGGCGCCGGUUUUCCUGUGCGGUGGCACAAAACUAAAACCGGUCAUGUGACUCCCCCUCCCUCCCCCACUCCGACCAUGAAUGGAGGAAGAAAGAAGACGGACAUGUUUGAGGGAAAUUAGUUGUUGGGGGGGAAAAAAAAGAAACGUGGCUUGCGUGGAAAAGAAGAAGGAAGAAAAACCCGAGUUGUAAUGGAUUUCGUUAAGGACAUUUUAAAUCAACUGGAAUUAAUCUUGCUGAGAUGCGCAGUUUUAUUUUAUUUUUUACAAUUUUAAAUCUAGGGACAUACAUGGUUAAUCGAGUAUUUUAAAAUAAGUUUAUAUUUAAAAAAGUAUUUUGUCUAUCGUACAUUGCUAUUUGGCUUUUGCCUUUAAUGGCUUAAACAGAGCGCAGAAUUGGAUGACAUUGCUAUCACUGUGUAACCUUGUCUGUGGGGGGAUGGGUGAUGUAACGUCGUGGGUUACUGUAGCUUGUGAUUGUUUCACUGACUGGUUAAUCAGAAUAGCUUUAAUUUAAAACUCAUAACUUUAAAGUAUUUCCUUUUAAGUUGCGACUUGGCUAGUUUGACGUUUUGAGGCAGUUUUAGUACGUUUCUUAUAGUUAUAAAUUCUGAAACAUUACCAGGUAGGCUAUUGUAGGUAUUUUUUAAACGUUAUUUGUUCUAUUUGUGAGAAUUAAAAAAAAAAAAAAAGUUUUAACUGAAUAAUUCCGUUUCCUAGGUCGUAUAAAAACCUGAAUUUUCGCUUUCUUUGCCCAGUACUGCGGGUUGCUGUAGUCUCUGGGUAAUGCGGCCUGUUUGGUUGAAACACGCACAUUAAAUUCUGUAGCCUAAUGUCGAUGUUCGUAAUGUGUUAGUGCUGUAGUUGUAUAAGUCUGUAUGGAAAAUCGGUGCUUCUUCCGGAAUAUUGUAUUUUAACGAGACUUGAUUUGUGUAGCUGGCCAAUAUUGAAGCAAGUCUGAAAACUGCUGUGUCAUUCUAAUGGUGGUCAGGCUUUUGUUAGGCGGUGCUGUUCCGGGCCCUGGUCGGAAUUUUGUGUAAGCUUAAGUUAUUCGUUUUUGUAAAUAGAAAAAUAUUUAAGUCCUGGCAUUUAAUUUGAGCCAUGUAAUAUCAUUAGCCUGAAUUAUUUUAAUAGUAGCUACAUAGAAAACAGGGAAUCCAAAUAACCUAACAAGUCCAUUAUGCAGCUGCGGCCUUGCGCCAUUAAGGCUGUAUCGGGCGUUUGGGGAGGGUUAAUUUGUUUCAGAGCAAGUUUUAUCGUAAAGGUGUGCAAAUUUAAACAACGUUUUUUAUGGCGGUUUAUAGUGUUGGCCAGUAUUCAUAUUUUAGAUUUUAUUAGAACACAAUCCCGGGUAGAAGUCGGAUGACAAAUAGAACAGUUGGGUGGUUUUAAAUUCCGGACAUUAUAGCUGAUCAGAUAUUUUGCAACCUAGUGUGGCGCAGUCCUACUUCUCUGCACUGUUGCGUGUUUCUAGGUUACUAGGAAUGAGUCUCUUUUUAAAUGACUAACUGGUGAAAAUACUCUCGGCAGGCGAGCUCUUGUGAAGUUAGGACGUUAUCGAACAUUUAGCCAUUUUGUGUUUGUAAUUUGCUUCUGAAACUAGUGACGUGUGAUGGCGUAUGGCAAAAUAAGACCGCUUUGCUAAUGAGUCGUUUAAAAUGGCGAAGGGCGAAAGAAAUUGCAGAGAUCCAAGACGAAACUACCGGGACCCCGGAAUGCAGAAGACUGCCGUCUAGCGCGCGUGAGGUAUUCGACCAGCCAAUGACGUUCCUCCAACCCACACUCACUGCCCGCGCCUGAGAGCUAGUGGCCAAUCGGAUUGGCCUCUCUCACCACAUUGACGUAAUGUAGUAGGGGAAGAGAGUAAGUGGGCGUGCACAAAUUUUUUUUUUGACGGGGUUGUUAGACGACCAGUCACAGUCGGGCAAAGGUGGGUUUAUUUCUCGUAAGCCAAUAAAAAUGCGGGUUUUACUUGACGGACAGUCGUGGUGUGCCAAUUGGUUAAAAAGAAAGGUUUGUUGGGUGGGGUUCAGUGAAGUGUGGCGAAACCUUUUUGAUGGAUGAUAUGCGUGGCCUAUUGAAAGUCUGGGGGCGUGGAAAUUUGUAUGGUAUUUUGUCCAAUGACUGUAGUGUUAGGUUUAUAAAAUACCGGGCGGAGGCAGUGCGUCGCCAUUUCGCUGAAACGGUGUACUAGAGGACGAGGGCGGAAUUGGAGGAAAGGGAAGCUGAGACCGAAACCGGAGAGAUCGCUCUUUAAACAGAAUCCGGAUCCAUCCUGAUGGAAACGGCCCUAAACCCGCCCAUUGACAGGCUGGUGUCGGCCGGCGGUGGCUCCUUGGGCGGGGACGUCGGGGCGCAGAUGGCAGGGGGCGGCAUGGAGCCCGUCAUUUCGGGGCCCGGCAAGCGGAUCCGCAAGCCGUCGCUGCUCUACGAGGGGUUCGAGGGCCCCGCGCUGCCGCACUCGCACCAGCCCGGGCCCCCGCAGCCCCCCGUGCGCGACCCCACCCGCCAGGGCCGGGCCACCAAUCAGCUGCAGUUCCUCCAGAAGGCCCUGAUGAAGUCGCUGUGGCGACACCACUUCGCCUGGCCCUUCCAGGAGCCCGUGGACGCCGGCAAGCUCAAUUUGCCCGACUAUCACAAGAUAAUCAAACAGCCGAUGGACAUGGGCACCAUAAAGAAGAGGCUGGAGAAUAACUACUACCUCAGUGCUGGAGAGUGCAUACAGGACUUUAACACCAUGUUUACCAACUGCUACAUCUACAACAAGCCCACAGACGACAUCGUUCUGAUGGCCCAGUCCCUGGAGAAGGCCUUCCUGCAGAAGGUUUCCCAGAUGCCCCAGGAGGAGAUCGAGCUGCCCCCGCCGGCGCUGCGGCCCAAGCUGGGGAAAGCGGGCAAGCUGGGCAAGGGCAGGAGGAUGAUCGGUGGUAUUACGACUGCUCACCAGGUCCCGGCUGUCUCCCAGUCCAUGUACACUCCCCUGACCCCCGACACCCCCAACUCCCAGUUCUCCACCCCCCCGCAGACCUUGCUGGCAAAAACGUUGCCCCCCACCUCCCACAGCACCCCCACCCUGCUGGGGCUGCCCCCUACACAGCCAACCGCCAAGAAAAAAGGGGUGAAGCGGAAAGCGGACACCACCACCCCAGGCACGGUGGGGCUGGUCCCGGUGGGGGUGGGGGACCUGGGCCUGGGCGGGGGCCGCUCCCCGCUCCCCUCCGCGGACUCCAAGCCGCCGGGGCUGUCUCUGGGCUUCGGCGCGGGGCGGGGCGCGGGCGGGCCCGGCGGCGGGGGGGGGAAGGUAGGGGCGGCGGCUGCGGCGGCGGCCCGGCGGCGGGAGAGCGGGCGGCCCAUCAAGCCGCCGCGGAAGGACCUGCCGGACUCGCUGCAGCACCAGCCGUCGCGGCGCGGCAAGCUGAGCGCCCAGCUGCGCUACUGCGCCGCCGUGCUCAAGGACCUGCUGUCCAAGAAGCACGCCGCCUACGCCUGGCCCUUCUACAAGCCCGUGGACGCCUCCUCCCUCGGCCUGCACGACUACCACGACAUCAUCAAGAACCCCAUGGACCUCAGCACCAUCAAGAGGAAGAUGGACAGUCGGGAGUACAAGAACGCGCAGCAGUUUGCCGCGGACGUCAGGCUCAUGUACUCCAACUGCUACAAGUACAACCCCCCCGACCACGACGUAGUGGGCAUGGCACGCAAGCUGCAGGAUGUUUUCGAGUUCAGUUUCGCCAAGAUGCCGGACGAGCCCCCGGAGGAGGAGCCGAUGCCCGGCUCCCUGGGGGGCGGGCUGGACGCGAUGCGCUCUUCCUCGUCCUCUUCCUCCUCCUCCUCCUCGUCGGAGAGCGAGCUGAGCAGCGAGAGCGAGAGUGAGAGCAGCCCCAGCUCAGACAGCGAGGAGGAGCGCGCACACCGCCUCGCUGAGCUGCAGGAACAGGUGUGUACACAGCUGAGAGCCGUGCACGAGCAGCUGGCCGCCCUCUCUCAGGCCCCCAUCAUCAAACCCAAGAGGAAGAGGGAGAAGAAGGAGAAGAGGAAGAAGAAGAAGCCGGAGAAGCACCGCGGCGGGCGAGCCGCGGUCGUGGCGCCCGUGCCGGAGGAAGUGGUGGAGCGGCCGCCCAAGGUGCCCAAAAUCCCCAAGACCCCCAAGGCCGGCCGAAAGGCGCCCACCCACGCCCCGGGCAAGAAGGGUCCGGGCAAGAAGAAUGCCAAGAGCAAGUCCUCGAAGAAGUCUCAGUCGGCGGCGGCGGCGGCGGCGGCGACGGCGCACCUGGGCCUGGCGCCGGCCGCCUCGGCCCUCACGCCGCACUACGACUCCGAGGAGGAGGAGGAGGGCCGGCCCAUGAGCUACGACGAGAAGCGGCAGCUGAGCCUGGACAUCAACAAGCUGCCGGGCGAGAAGCUGGGCCGCGUGGUGCACAUCAUCCAGGCGCGCGAGCCCUCGCUGCGCGACUCCAACCCCGAGGAGAUCGAGAUCGACUUCGAGACGCUCAAGCCGUCCACGCUGCGCGAGCUGGAGCGCUACGUCAUGACCUGCCUGCGCAAGAAGCCGCGCAAACCCUACGUGGUGAAGAAGGGGGGCAGUGGGAAAUCCCGGGAGGAGCUGGCGCUGGAGAAGAAGAGAGAGCUGGAGAGGAGGCUGCAGGACGUGAGCGGCCAGCUCAACUCCGCCAAGAAGCCCCAGAAAAUAAAGGCAGAGAAGCCCAGCAUGGCGGAGCCUCAUGCCAUGGCCUCGCGGCUCAGCGCGAGCAGCUCCAGCUCCGACUCUUCCUCGUCCUCUUCGUCUUCCUCUUCCUCUGACACCAGCGACUCGGACUCAGGGUGAUGUCAUCUGCAGAGAGGGGAGGGGAGGGGGUCCCGAGCGCUCAGGGACGACGGCUGACCCCGGAACCCACCGGAAGGACUGAACUGGGAAUGGAGGGAGAGGGAGAGAGAGGGGGAGAGAGAGAGAGAGAGAGAGAGAGGGGGAGAGAGCGAGCGAGCUUCCCAGUGCUUCAUGGAUCUGACCCAGGGAGACGGAUGGACAGAAAGCAAGAAGAGGGGAGAGAGGGAUGAGUUCUUCAAAAAUAAAAAAUUUAAAUGUCCCUCUUCAUGGAAAAAAAGGACGACGGAACGUUCUUCUCUGCGGGCUGCUGACGGGACACUUCCUUCGUUUUUGGGAAUGGAUGGAUGGAUGGACGGAUGAAUGAAAAAACGGAGGGGGGGGGGGGGGCAGGCAGAGAUGAAAGUGCCGAAGUUUCCGUGAUUGGGGGGCGGGGGGCGGGCAAGUGGGAUUGGGGAAAGUGAGAGAUGUGCAGUCUCCAGUGGACCUUUCCUCAUCCCGGCUGUGUAUAUACAUGUACAAAUAUAUAAAUAUCUAUUUUUUUUCUUUUAUAAAGAAGAAUUUUAAGGCAUCCCCAGAGAGGGAGAGAUUACCUGAAGGGGGGUAGGGAGGGAGGAUGGGAGGGAAGAAAGUAGUUUUUUGUGUGUGUGUAGUAUUUUUCAAAAUCGAGACAGGAAGUUGCUUUGUGUGCAUGCGUGUGUAUGUGUGAGGGAGUGAGUGAGAGGAAGAGAGACCUCUCUCUCAAACACACACACACACACACACACACGUCCUCUUUUCGCCCUGCUCUCCUGUAGCGUUUGAAGUUGUGCGCUGACCCUUCCCCAAUUUUUAACAAGCUUCUUUAUGCAUGGAAGCCAAGGGCAGAUGGGACUGAGGGAGUUCGCGUUGGCGGGCGCCAAUGGCGGCUGUCCUGAAAGUGGCGGACAGCGACGCUGACCUCCUUCAUGCAUAGGAAAUAGAGAGAGAGGGGGGUGGUUUGAACAUAAAUUAGGAUUGUAUGUUUUUUUUAAUUUUUAUUUUUUAGUUUUCCUGUCUCGGGGUUUAAAAAUUGAGUGUGCUACAACUGUCACGCGUGCAGACGCCACCCAUAAAUCCAGGAGGGGGGUGCAUACGGAGGAGCUUAAUAAAGGUGCGAAGUUUCAAGACGAACGACCAUUUUCUUUUUUUAAAUUGUUGUUUUUUUUCUGGAAUCCUUGUAAAUAUUCCUCACGGUUGCACAACAUGGCCGCAUGUUUCAGUCCGACGUCCCGACGCGGCGUUUCAUUUUACCCGUUUGUUUCCGUUUUUUUUUUUCCUGUUUAGUUUUUCCACGUUCUGCAUUUCCACGACAAAAACACACCGUUACUUCUUGUCUCUCGUUUAUUUUCUGUGAAAACUAAGCUAAAUUUAAAAGGUGAAGUUAAAACUGUGUGGGCAGUGCCAGUCAGCGAUCGUGUAGAUGGCAGAGUCUCGCAGUAACUUUCACUGGAGUUGUACAUAAAUAAAAACGCACAAAAAAUGAUUCUUUAAA